AUGGCAGCUCCAAGUGGGUUAAGUUUAGACCCACCACAACCUCCAACUACUACAGAAGUAUGUCAAUGGCUAAAGAACUUACCUUUAGCACCUGAAUACCAUCCCACACUAUCUGAAUUCCAAGAUCCAAUUGCUUACAUUUUCAAAAUUGAAAAAGAAGCUUCCCAAUAUGGAAUCUGCAAAAUUAUCCCUCCAGUCUUACCCUCUGCUAAAAAAACCACUCUUUCUAACCUCAACCGCUCUCUCUGCGCCCGUAACGGUGGUUCCUCCGCCCCCACAUUCACCACACGGCAGCAGCAGAUCGGAUUCUGCCCCAGGAAACCCCGCCCUGUUCAGAAACCCGUGUGGCAGAGCGGUGAGACCUACACAUUUCAAGAAUUUGAAACCAAGGCUAGAACCUUUGAGAAGAAUUAUUUGAAGAAGUUCUCGAAGAAGGGAACUCUUUCUCCAUUAGAAAUUGAAACCCUUUAUUGGAAAGCUACUUUAGAUAAGCCUUUUGCUGUAGAAUAUGCUAACGAUAUGCCUGGUUCUGCGUUUUCGCCGAGGAAAAAGGAGGGACUAGGAGGGGUUGUUGGGGAAGGAAUGAGUGUGGGGGAAACUGAGUGGAAUAUGAGGGGAGUUUCAAGGGCAAAAGGGUCCUUGUUGAGGUUUAUGAAGGAGGAAAUACCUGGGGUUACUUCGCCUAUGGUUUAUAUUGGGAUGAUGUUUAGUUGGUUCGCUUGGCAUGUUGAGGAUCAUGAUUUGCAUAGCUUGAAUUAUAUGCAUAUGGGUGCUGGGAAGACUUGGUAUGGUGUGCCUAGAGAAGCUGCUGUUGCAUUUGAGGAAGUUGUUCGGGUUCAUGGGUAUGGUGGAGAAAUUAAUCCUCUUGUUCUUGGUGAGAAGACUACAGUAAUGCCACCUGAAGUAUUUAUCAGUGCAGGUGUACCAUGCUGCAGGUUAGUUCAAAAUGCUGGGGAGUUUGUGGUCACUUUCCCAAGAGCCUAUCAUUCAGGGUUCAGCCAUGGAUUCAAUUGCGGGGAGGCAGCUAAUAUUGCAACGCCUGAAUGGUUGAUGGUAGCUAAAGAUGCUGCUAUUCGAAGAGCUUCAAUCAAUUACCCUCCUAUGGUGUCUCAUUUCCAGUUACUUUAUGAUCUUGCACUCGAAUUUUGUACAAGAGUCCUCAGUUAUUAUUUUCUCCCUUCCAGAAUACCCGUGAACAUCAGUGCAAAACCACGGAGUUCGAGACUGAAAGAUAAGCAAAAGGGUGAAGGAGAAACGCUGGUUAAAGAGCAAUUUGUGAAAAAUAUGAUACAGAAUAACAACCUGUUUCAUAUGCUUGGAAAAGGAUCUUCAGUGGUGCUUCUUCCUCGAAGUUCUUCAGACAUUUCUGUUUGUUCAAAAUUACGAGUUGGAUCCCAUUUAAGAGAUAACUCUACCCUUGGAUUAUGCAGCCAAAAGGAUGUUAUGAAAUCAUCAAAAAGCUCAGGUUCUGGUGACAUCUUGCCGGACAAGAACCAGGAAAUCAAUCAAGUGACAGGCUUCUUUUCAGUGAAAGCAAAGUUUGCUUCUUUGUGUGAAAGAAAUAGAUUUUCCACAUUAAAUGGAAAUGAAUGCUUGCAGAGUAUGAACAUGGGCACUGAAACAGGUAGUUCCAUUCCUAGUGAUAAGUUGUCAGAUCAGAGACUGUUUUCAUGUGUCACAUGUGGAAUUUUGAGCUUCGAUUGUCUUGCCAUCAUUCAACCGAAAGAGGCAGCUUCUAGAUACCUCAUGUCAGCUGAUUGUAGCUUCUUUAAUGAUUGGGUCGUUGGUUCUGGAAUAACUAGGAAUGUUUUUUCUGUUGCUGGUGGGACUGCAAAUAUUUCAGAGCAUAAUUCCUCAACAAGUAUGUUUGAUGGAAACCCUACCUCUUUUGUUACUUGCCUCUAUCACACUGUUAACGUAGUAGUCAAAGUCAAGUGGUUCUUGGUAGUCAGAAUUUCUGUUCUUGAUGCUGUGGUAUUUGUUGAUAUUCAUGAAGCUGCUAGUUUUCAACUCGGAUAUCUUUGCUCUAAAACAGGAUGGGUGGAAAAGAAUACCACAGCUGGUUUAUAUAAUGCCCCUGCUCGAUCUCUUAAUUACCAAAUUCAGAUGGCAGAUCAAAGUAUUGAAGUGGCUUCCAGUGCUGAAAAACAGAUAGAGGCUUCUGCCCUUGGCCUGUUAGCUUUGAACUAUGGAAAUUCUUCAGACUCUGAGGAAGAUCAGGUUGAAGCAGAUCUACAGCUCCAUGAUGAAAUUAACAUGACAAACUGUUCAUUAGACAGCAAAUAUCAGCAUCAGAGUUCUGCUUUCCCUUCUUACAAGCAGAAGUACUAUGAUGCUUCAACUGGCGGUCACCUGCUAUCUCCAUCAAGACUUGAUGAGCGGGAUGAUAUUGCUCUCAAAACUAUCGAUAUGUAUCCAGAACAUGGAGAUAGACGAGAUAAUGUCAAGGACAGAGGUGAUGAUACACUUGAGUGUUCUUUUGGCUUUCCAACCAAUAACCCUGCUUCCAUUGAAUCAGAUGGUUUGGAUGGUAGAUACAGAGAUCCGAUGUCAGUGCCACACAUGUCUUUAAAUUGUUCCCCAAUUGUCCAUGAUGCUGAAAAAACAAAGUUCAACAGGCCUAUUGAAUCGAUAGAGAAUCCAGACUUGCCAUUUACCCAAAGAUCUGAUAAAGAUUCUUCGUGCAUGCAUGUGUUCUGUCUUGAGCAUGCUGUAGAGACAGAACAGCAACUUCGUCAAAUGGGUGGAGUACAUAUAUUGCUUCUCUGUCAUCCAGAGUAUCCCAGGAUUGAAGCAGAGGCAAAGUUAGUGUCAGAAGAGCUGGGAAUUGAUCAUCUGUGGAAUGACAUUACUUUCAGGGAUGCUGCCACAGAGGAUGAGGAGAAGAUCCAGUCAGCUUUGGACAGUGAGGAAGCCAUACCGGGGAAUGGGGACUGGGCUGUAAAGUUGGGGAUCAAUCUCUUUUACAGUGCCAACCUCAGCCGAUCUCCUCUUUAUAGUAAGCAGAUGCCAUACAAUUCUGUUAUAUACAAUGCCUUUGGUCGUGCUUCUCCAGUUAGCUUGCCCCAAAAAUUUAAGGUUUAUGGAAGGAGGUCUGGGAAGCCAAAAAAAGUUGUGGCAGGGAAAUGGUGUGGAAAAGUUUGGAUGUCAAAUCAAGUUCAUCCCUUUCUAGUGAAAAGGGAUUGCAUGGAUCAAGAUCAUGAACAAGAACAAGAAAGAAGCUUCCAUGCUUUGGCAACACCCGAUGAAAAGCUUGAGAAAAAACCACAAACCAUCAACAAAACUGAAACAACUAGAAAUUUUGGGAGGAAGAGGAAAAUAACAGCAGGGAGUCGGUCAGUUCUGAAAGUAAAGUGUCUGGAAGCAGAUUCAGAAGACUCAAUGGGGGAUAAUUCUCAUAGGCAGCAUAUGAAGAUUCAUAAUAGCAAAAACACUGAAUACAUUGAGAGAGAGGCUUCAUUUGAUUUAGUGGAGGAUAGUCAUCAGCAGCAUGGGAGCUGCAGACGCAAAUGGGUCAAAUCUGUUGAGAGUGAUGAUGCAGUUUCAGAUGACCCAUUAGCAGAGCAUGUUCGUCAGCAGUAUAGGAGAAUGUGUAGAAGCAAGCAAGCCAAAUCUAUCAAGAUGGAAAAUACAGUUUCUUAUGCUUCAGUGGAGAACAAGUUUCGAAAGCAGCUUAAGAGGGUUCGCAAGAGUGACCAAGCCAAAUGUUUCGAGAGACAAUGUUUGGCUUCUGAUGACUCACUGGAUGAUAAUCGUGUUCAAUGGCAUGGGAAAGCUCCAAGAAGCACUCAUGCAAAAUAUACUGAGAGUGAAGAUGCAAUUUCAGAUGAUUCACCAGAGGAGAGUUCUCGUUGGCUACUGCAGAGGGUUCCUAGGAGAAAACAAUCAAAAUAUAUUGACAAGGAAGCUGCAAUUUCAGAUGAUUCAUUGGAGAAUGGCUCUCAUCGGCAUAAUAGGAGGAUAUCUAGAGGCAAACGAGCCCAACUUAUUAAAAGGGAUGAUGUGGUUUCUGAUGAUUCAUUGGAUGAAAGUACAUAUCAGCAGCUCCCGAGAUUUUCUAGAAGCAAGCUAGCGAGAUUAAUUGAGAGGGAAGAUGCAGUUUCAAAUGAUUCAUCGGAGGACAAUAUCCAUCAGCACCAUGGAAGGAUUCCUAGAAGCAAGCAAGCCAAGUUUGUUGAAGGGAAAGAUGCAAUUUCAGAUGAUUCUCUUGACGACAAUACUCACUGGCAGCACAGAAGACUUCCUAGAAGCAAAAUGACCAAAUUUGUUGAGAGUGAAGAUGCAGCUUCAGAUGAUCUGCAGGAGGAUGAUACUUGUCAGCAUCGCAGAAGAAUUCUGAAAAGCAAAAAGGCCAACUUUAUUGGGAGGGAAGAUGUAGUUUCUGAUGAUCUGUGGGUGAAUAAUACUCAUCGGCAUCCUAGGAAGACACCUAGAGGCAAGCAAGCCAAAUUUUUUGAGAGGGAAGAUUCUGUUUCAGAUGACUUGCUGGAGGAUAAUUCUGAUCAGCAGGACAGGAGGAUUCUUCGAAGCAAGGAGAAGAAACCUGCAACACUUCGCCAAAUGAAACAAAGAAGUCCUAGGCAACUGAAACGGAGUGCCCCUAAGAUGAUAAAGAAAGAGACCCUGCAAUUAAUGAAACAAAGGCAAAUAAAGCAAGAGUCUCCUCAACUUCGGAUUGGUAGAAGUGAGCUGAAUGCUAGCCAGUUUGAUUCACAUGCUGAAGAGGAGGUAGAAGGUGGACCUAGCACGCGCCUUAGGAAAAGACCCUCGAAGCCUUCAAAACAGUUGGAAACAAAGCUGAAAGAAAAGCAGCAAAACAGUAGGAAAAAAGCGAAGGAUGCUUCAGCAGUGAAGGCAGCAGUUGGCAGAAAGAAUGUUAAAAUUAAAGACGAGGAAGCAGAAUAUCAGUGCGACAUUGAUGGUUGCACAAUGAGUUUUGGAACAAAACAAGAGCUUGCAAUGCACAAAAGAAAUGUUUGUCCAGUCAAGGGGUGUGGAAAGAAGUUCUUCUCACACAAAUAUCUAGUGCAGCAUCGCCGAGUCCACAUAGAUGACCGCCCUCUCAAGUGCCCUUGGAAGGGAUGCAAGAUGACAUUCAAGUGGGCAUGGGCCCGUACCGAACAUAUCAGGGUUCACACAGGUGCUCGCCCAUAUGUGUGUGCUGAGGAAGGCUGUGGGCAAACAUUCAGAUUUGUGUCUGAUUUCAGUCGGCACAAGCGGAAGACUGGUCAUCCUGCAAAGAAAGGCAGGGGGGGCUUCAUUGGCCCUUUCACUUACCGCAACCUGAGCAUCAGUUUAACCAGCCAUAAUGCUCGUGAUGUUGCUUGGUAUCAUCGCUCACUGUUGUAUCAGUUUUUGCCCUUUUCGGUGGGCAGAAGCUGA